CUCCCCUCCCCCCUCCCCGCCCCUUCUCCCCCUCCUCCUCCACUCCACCUCCUUCAAACAUGGCCUACGAGUCGGACUUUGACUCGGACGACUUUGACAUUGACCUCGACGACGAGCUGGAGAACCUGUCCGACUCACGCGCCUCGUCUCCGGGCGGCUAUGCUGCCUCUCACGUUCUCGCUCGGACUCCUUCGUCUAGGACGUCUUUGACAUACGCCGCCGGCUCACCACAUGCGUCUGCCUCGCCGCUCGGCUCGCCGCUUGGCUCGGGGCGCGGCUCACCGCUCGGCUCAGGACGCGGCUUGGCUUCACCGGGCGCGACCGGUGGUGGGGAGGGAGUUGGAUCGCGGACAAGCACGCCGGGGGCAUCGCCUGCUCCGCAACCAGAGCCUUUGCCAGAACUGGAUGUGAUGGCGGAUGUGACGCCGCGUCCGCCGAGCUCGCACCGGUCGAUCGGCUCGCGAGCGAGUUCGCGGGCGAGUUCGCGGGCGAGUUCGCGGGCGAGCUCACGUGGCGGAUUUACAACGCCGCGGGGACCAGGCGGUGCGGCGCACUUUGCGUGGGAUGACGACGUGGAUGAGGCGACGACGGCCGCGGUGCGGAGUCGGUACGUGGGUGGCGCGGGCGUGGUGCCGUCGCGGCGGCGGAUCGGGUCUGCGUCGUCGGCACGGUCUGCGGCGUCGGCACGGUCUGCGGCGUCUGCCUCGUCGGCACGGUCGGCGCGAUCGGCGCGGUCGGCACGGUCGCGGGUCUCACACAUGUCGCGUGGGCCGAAGCGGCGGCCGCGCAUUCCGCCGCGGGCCGCGGAUCCGGUCACACUCUCGCUGUUUGAGCAGCACCAGGCCGAGGUCCACGAGCUGGAAAACCAAAUGCGCGAGAAAGAUGAUGCCAUUGCGCGACUGGUGGAGGAGAACAAGACACUGGCCCGGAUGCAGAAACAGACCGAGCGUGGCCUCCGCGACAUGGAGCGCCAGUCGGGCGACAUCCCAAAGAUCAUGCGACGGUACUCGGAAGAGGUUCGUGUGCUCAAGGAGAAGAACAAGCGGUACAAGGAGCGGAUGGUCAAGGUAGAGCGGAUUGCCCGGGUCAAGGACGAACGGCUCAACAAGUACAUGGACCGGUGCGACAAGCUCAUGACCAUUCUCAAGGCCAAGGAGCUCGGCGAGCGCCAUGAGCUUGCCAAGGAGCUGGAGAAAAUCGAGGCCGAGGUCCGCACCAAAGAUGCCACCAUCGCCGACCUCCACCGCCACAUUGCGAACCUGAACAACACCCACGCCCACACCGAGCGCAAGUACCGCAAGAAGCUCAAGAUUGCCCUCACUGAGCUCCAGUCGGCGCGCGACAGACUCGGCGAGCUCGAGAACCAGGACAAGAAGCACAUGGAACAGCUGCUCAUGCUGCAGGCCUCGGUCCCGCGCUCCCGCGUCGCCCGCUCUCCUGAACACGCAGAUCCGGCAUCGCCGCGGCCCAGCGGCGUGCUCUCUUCCCUCGAGCCGCACUCCUCGCCCGAGUCGCCGUCGCGGACACGCGCGCGGUCGCAGGCUGCCUCGCGAUCACCCGCUUCACCGGCCUCGGCCCGUACUCGGACUUCGCCAAAGCGGCGGAGCUCGCCACCGCGCCCGGCACUGCCACGUGAUGCUGCCGCCGCCACGAGCCCGCGCUCCAAGCCGAGUCCCAGCCCCAAGCAAAGCCCCAGCCCCAAGCCGAGUCCGAGCCCAAGCGCAAGUCCGCUGCCGGGCUCGCCAGCGCCCAAGCCUGCCAUCGAUCCUACGCCGCCUGCUCGUGAAUCGAGCCUGCCCUCGACUUCGUCAUCGGGCGUGUUCAAGACCUUUUCGUUCGACGCUUCGGGGCCUGCUCGAAACCCGCCGUCGACCAAGAUUGCCGAGCUUCCAGACGUGGCUGCCAUGAAAUCGUCCGAGCCCCCGCCUGCGCCUGCAUCCGCACCUGCGCCUGCGCCCGCUGCUGCCGUCGCUAUACCGGCUGCACCGGCACCCACGUCUGAACCCAGUCCUGCACAGGCCACCGAGCCAACGCCGCCCGCUCGGCCGCCGACCGCAACCAAGGUGCGGUCGUCACUCUUCUCGUUCCCCAAGGCCACUGUGGUCAACGCGAACGAGAGCAGCGCCACUGCUGGCAACGGCGCGUCGCGGCCGUCGACUUCGACCACCACCGCGCCCCGGCCCAACUUUGGCUUUGCCAGCAGUGUGGUCAACAAGCCUCCGUCGACGGCUUCGCCCGCCGCCGCCAUGGGAUGGUCGGCAGAUGCUGUGCGCGCGCCCGCUGCAGCCCCUGCCCUUGCCCCUGCCCCGGCCCCUGCUGCAGCACCAGUCCCGGCUCCGGCUCCGACUCCGACUCCGGUCCCGGCUCCGGCUGCCGCUGCAUCGCGCCCGCCGCUACGCCCGCAGAACUUCGAGGCAACCACCGUGACAGCGCUGCCAGCGGCAUCAGAGCCAAAGCCGGCGGCACUCCCAGUCUGGCUGCAAGGCAGCAGCGGACGGACCGGUGCCAGCCCACGACCUGCUGGGCCACCAGUCACGCCACAGCCGGCAUCUGCGCCGGCGCCAGCGCCAGCCGCCCAGCCGGCGGCUUUCGCCGCAGCGCCAAACGACAAGCCAUCGCCACCGGUUGGCCGGCGCGGGCGGACCAACUUUUUCGGCUCAGCGGGCGGGGGCGGCACCGGAGCUGCCUCGGCAUCGCCGGCUGCUGCGCCGACAACCUCGAUCUUUGCCACCGGCGGCAGCUCGGGCAGUGUCGCCGGCGGCGGCACAACGUCGAUCUUUGGCGGAGCGGGCGGGGGCAGCACGGUGUCGUCGCCGACGUAA